AAGCAGAGGCACAUGAAGCAGAUGCAAUACAAACUAAAGACUACUCCGAUGCCUACAUCCAGGAGAUCCUUCGCAUAAUUGAUGAGAGGCUACAAAAGAAUCAGGAUAUAACAGUAGGCACUAAGUUUUAAGUUUCUCUAAAACAGCACAUCUGUGGCAUUGCAGCCAGAGACUUUCAAAAAAUGCACGAGGAUUUCCUAAAGGAGAAUGACCCUCACUCAUGCCUGAAAAAAAACAAAGAAAUGUUUUGUGAUAGUUUUAAAGAUGUGUUCAAUCAACGAGACCAGAGCCAGAAGAAGGCAGAAGAAUUCACCAAACAAUGUUUGAAGCCUGCAGUUGAAAACUUUGUCUACAGUAAAGUGGGUCCUGAUAUCCUUCAUGAAAUGAGGAAACAAUCACAGUUCAUUGCAAGAGUCUACUCCCAGUAUGACAUUUUACUGGAUUUGCUCUCAAACCACAACUUUAGUGAGUACGUAAGGUACAUUCGCUCAUAUGAGGUUUAUGUAAAGAAGUGGAUACUCGACCAAACAGUGAAACACUUAUCAAAAGAUUCUAAGAUGUUUGAGCUAGUGGAUCAGCAUCUUGACUCAAGUAUCAGCAGCAUAAAGGCUGCAAUCCACAAGGCCACAAAGAAAACAAGUACUGACUUGAAAACAUUCAUUAACAACUUCUGUCAGGAACUUGGUGAUACACUGGUCAUUUCCCAGGAUGCACUUGGUGAUUUCAUGAUGCUGAACAAAGCAAACCAGGAACAGUUUGCUCACUGGUUCACAGAGUUUGUGAAUAAAAUGGUAAAAGCUCUAAAGCAAGAGUUUAAAAAAAGAGACAUCCAGAGUAUACUUAACCAUCUUGAUGUCAAGCCCCAGAAUGAGCUUUUCACACAAGUGAUUGGAUGUGGUAAACAGUGUCCCUUCUGUGCAGUGGCCUGUGUGUCCGGAGGUGGUAACCAUUCUGUGCACGAGGCUCCACUGCAUAGGCCACAGGGUCUGAAUGGAUACAGGCGGAUAAAUACACAAAAACUAGUCACUAACAUAUGCUCGUCAUCUGUGGUGAGUGACAGGCAAUUUAUCUGUGAUGCUACUAAAGGUGAAAUGAUCUUUUACAAAAGAUACAAAGAAAUCUUCUCAGACUGGAACAUUCCUGCAGAUGGAAGUUACGAGGCAUCAGACUACUGGAAAUAUGUAAUGGCAACGUUCAAUGAGGAGUUUGCAAAAGAACAUAGUGCAAAGCCUGCUGAUAUUCCUACAACCUGGAAAGAUAUCACACGUCUGCAGGCCCAACAGAGUCUCAAAGAUUCAUUUAACAUGAACUGAGAGUCAACAUGCUGUCUGAUGAGAGAAGUGCACCUGAUUAAUCCCCUUUGUUGGCACUAGUCAUUGUGACACAACUUCCGCUCGGGAUUUCCUCCUGAAAACACCGGCAAACGGAUUUUCCUUGGUACGUAACAGCUCAGGACAGCCCGAGGACAUUAACAGUUUCCAUGUGUCAUUACGAAUCAGCUGCUUUUUGUUAGUAUCUCGACUGAGAAGGACGUGGGGCUCGUGUUGAGUGUAGCAUGUUAGAUAAAACAUGAUAGAUAGAAUAAAACACCAACUAACAGGCAGAGCUUAUGUUCUAUUGUUCCAUAU